AUGGAGGAGGUGCAGGCCGCCGUGACGGCGCACCUGGAUCAGGUGUCAGGCCUCGUGCAAGCGCUAUCCUCCGAGCUACGCCGCGGGAUGGGCCCCGCCACCGAUAACUUGGGCACCUUCGUCCACGUCGUUGACUGGACGGAGCCAUGGCUGAUGUGCCUGAUGGCAUUCCAUGCGAUUCUGCUGCUCACCGCCGUCGGGUUGAGGAGGAAUGCCAACUUCCAGCUCUUCUUACUGUUUCUUGCUUAUUUAGGAGUAUAUCUGGCUGAAAAGAUGAAUAGAUACCUAGGAGAACACUGGAAGAAUUUUGCCAGUCAGAACUACUUCGACAGUGCUGGAGUUUUCAUCUCUGUCAUCUGGUCUGGCCCCCUUAUCUUCAUAUCUAUUUUCAGCAUGGUCAUCAGUCUCAUCGCAUUAUGUCGGCUGAUGGUGAAAUGGAAGAGAGCAGAACUCAGGCACCGGGCUCAACUUGCUCGUGACAAGCAGGAUUGAGAACAAUCCUUAUUAUGGUAGAACUGAAUGGUUUAGGGAUGUCGAUCUUUACUUUGGAUUGCAUCUUAGAAGGAUGUCCAAGAAUCAGGUGUUGUAAAUGAUGGAUGUGCUAGCAUGUAAUGAGCGUCUAUUGCUAUUAUUCUUGCUAAACAUGAACUCCAGUAGCACCUGGGCAUACUUAAUCAGAAAGAGAUUUGGCUUGUAGAUGC